AUGACAAAAGCGACGGAUGAUGAUACAUUUUGUAUACGAAGUGAUGAUAAUUCAGAUGCAGCAAGUGAAAAAACAAUCGUUGAAUAUUCGGGCAAAUUAGAGGCGCUUUUUCCUGACUUGAGAAGUUUUGAUUACUCGCAAUUUAGUGAUCUCAAACGCAUUGGGCAAGGUGGAUUUGCAGCUGUGUAUUCGGCCACAUAUAAAGGAAAAAAAUAUGCAUUAAAAAGCCUAAACAAUAACUUGCACUUUGAUGAUAAAUCACUUAAAAGAAUUGAACGUGAGCUUAUACUUCUUCAUAAAGUUGAUAAUGAAAAUAUUGUAAAACUUUAUGGGUAUUCAAAAGAUCCACGAUUAGAUAGUUUUAUGCUAGUUUUACAGUUGGCUAACGAAGGUAGUUUACGAAAUUACUUACAAAAGAAACAACAAGGAGGAGUUAUUCAAAUAGAAGAAGAAAUGCGAGUAAUCAAUAAAGAAGCAAAGUGCUGUCAAAAAAUUUGUUCAGCGUUAUUAGAACGUGUUGAAUUCGCAAAAACUGCUAUGGAAUCUUUGAACCGAAAUCCAAAUUGUUAUAAAGAACGUUUUGAAAAACAAGAUUAUUACGAAGAUUGGAAGAAAUUGAUUAAUAUACUGGAGAAUAUUAAGAAGUUCGCUAAAGAAAAUACACAAUUGUAUUGGUUUAAAAAAUAUGUAAAUGCUAUUGAGAUUAAAACCAAUUUUGAAAAACAUUGCAAGGAAUUUGUUGAAAUCUGUAAAGCACUAGAUUUUAAUACAGCUAUAUAUAAUGCAAAAAAAAAAGAAAUGGAAGCACAAGAUGCGGCUGAAGAUCUCGAAUAUUUAAAAAAGACCGUAGCAGAAUUAAAGUCGAACGUGGAACAAAUAAAUUCAAAAAGUUCUGGUAUUAAUACAGGUGAAAUACCUUUAGUGACCCAAAUUGAUCCAGAAAAGUUAGUUGAGCCACUAUUAUCUUAUAAUAAUGUAGGUAAAUCCAAAAAAGUCAUUAAAAAAAUAUUACGUGGAGUUGAAGUUGCAUGUAAAAAAAUUUCAUCCAUUGGAAACGAUGAUAUAACAUACAACAAUGAAAUAAAUAUUUUCUUAAAAUUGGGUACUUGUCCGUUUAUUAUUGGCUUUUAUGGGGUUUCAAGGGUGGAUAAGAAUACCAUCACUGAUGGAUUUGAAGCUAGAGUUUCAAAUUUCAAGCACAGUCAUGAUAUGUCCAAAAAACCCUCUGAAAUCAAGAACUUUCCUGAUGUCAUCCGAUGGCUAGCUCCAGAAAUGAUGUUGGAAACCCCUAGUUAUUAUAACCUUCAUUGUGAAACUUUCAGUUUUGGAAUGACACUUUGGGAAAUUUGUUAUCAAAGAAUUCCUUAUAAAGAUAUUGAUAAUAUCGACCAAAUUAAGAAACAAGUUCUUGAUAAAACCCGCGAAACUCUUGGAAUUGCAAAUGAUAAAUUGCAGAUACCUAGAGAACUUGCCAAGAUAAUUACGUUAGCUUGGGAUGAUGAUCCUAUAAAGCGCCCUUCAGAUACAGAAUUGCAGUUAAAAUUUAAAAAGCUUUAUGAUGUACACAUAGCUUCUAAAGUGCUUUCUCCUAAAAUACGCCGUGAAGAUAAUGAAUUUCCAAUGUUUGAAACACCUGAUGUGUCUGAUGGGAAUAAGUUGGAGGAAGAGAAGAAUAAGUUUGAUGUUUCAGAAAUAAUGAAAUAUUUAAAUAUGGCAGCUGAUAAUGGAAAUUCUAUAGCACCUUUUAAUUUGGGCGACAUCUAUUGGAAUGGAAAACUUGGAAUUCCAGUUAAUAAGGAAAAGGCAAAAUCAUAUUUUAAAAUUUCGGCUUCAAAGAAUAAUCCUAAAGCUAUUGAAUUUCUUGAAAAAAAUCAACUUUAA